AAUCGAUCGUAGGUCCGAGACAUCGAGAGAGAGAGAAAAGGGAGCUUCGCAAUUUAUCCACCGUUUUAAGGAGGCUAACUGUGCGCCAUCGUCGACGGAUCCCCAGACACUGUGCUCCCGCAGCCACGAGCUAUACGCCGCCAUAUUGUGUCUUUCUCGCUAGUGGCAAGGAAAAACAUUGUGAUCACGUGGCGCAAUUUUCUAGUAAACGAACGUUACAGAUCGUAAUUGUCUUUUUGAUAAUUGAACGUAGUAGGGUGCUCGUCAGUGGGAUAUAUAAACAAAGCUCUUACGUGGAAGAGAAAAAGGAAAGAAAAAAAAAGACCGAUUAACGGAGUUGUCAGCAAUUGUAGUUACCGUGGAUUUAAAAUAUGUCAUCCACGCAUAUUCAAAUUGUAAAGUGGAGCUUCCCUGCUUUUGCUUUGAUCAUUGGUCUUCUCUGGUACAAACGAAGACGCGUAGACCGAGCUGAUCCAGGUGGAAUUAGCACGUCGAACGUGAAAGAGAGCAACAAUGAUGUAAAUACUAAGUUAUACAAUACUCCUACAAACGAAGAUUUAAAUCUCUCAGAUUCUGGUAUUCACGCCAAUGAUUCUUUCUCGAGUUUACUUGCUCAAAGCAUAGAUGAAACGAUUAAUAAUAUCGAAAAGGUCAGCAAAAAAGUAGAUAUUACAACUAGGAAGCCAGCAACGUCACCUAUUUCUGUACCAUCAGCAAAAUCUUUAGAGAAUAAUCAAGAUUGGUACAAGGACGUCGAAAUAAUUUCGAAUAUGGAGGUACAAUUAGGAAGUAAUCCUAACACCAAUAACUUCGACUUGAUAGCGAGAAGUAUGGGAGCAACUACGUAUUCCAACGAUACUGCUAACGACAAAAAGAUCGAGAAGAUAUUCAAAGAUAUUCCCGAAGAAAAAGAAUCAAAUCAUGUCCACGAAGUAACGUCUUCUGUAAAUAAACAAGAAGAGAUAAAUAAUCCGUCUGUUUUCACCGAAUCCAAGGAACAGCUUCAGAAUUAUCCGCCGGAGGAAGAAAAUAAAAUUCAAGCUCAAGCAUUAUCCGAAAGAGAUUCUGCAAAUUAUAGUCCGGUGUCUGGAGUUUUAGAAGGAAGUGUAACGGACGAAGCAAGAAGCGAAGGAAGUACAGAUAGUGGAAAAGGUGGAAGCAUCAAAGGACAAAUAAAAGAUGUUUCCCUAUACUCUAUCUACGAGUUUUGCAUAUGUCAGAAUUUAGUGGGUAGACUUAUCGGACGUCAUGGUAGUUUCUUACAAAAUAUACGUGCAAAAGCUGGCGUUCAUAUAAUCGUAAAACGUCAUCCUACACUGAGAGAUCAAAAAAUUUGUACCAUUCAAGGCUCAGUAGAAGGCAUUAACAUUGCUUUGGAUAUUAUCAGGCAAAGAUUUCCAGAAAAGAAAUAUCCGUCUGUAACGCUUGAACAGAUUUUACCAAUGGUAAUACCAGAAGGAAUACCAGUUCUUCCUGAAUUAACACAGUUGUCUUUAGUCGAAGGAGUUAACAACGACGUUUUAGUGUGUCAUAUAUCGAAACCAAACAGAUUAUUUCUACAAAUUCCGACACACCCAACAUACCCUUCGCUACGACUUUUAGAUGCAAAUAUGACACAACUAUACAAUUCUACGGAAUCGCCUAUGGUUCCAGACGAACUUACAAAAGGAAUGAUCCUUGUGGCUAAUUGGUAUGACAGAUGGGUUAGAGUAUACGUUGAAGAUCCAGAUCCACGUGGAAAAAUGACUUUAGUACGACUCGUUGAUCAUGGUGGUUAUUGGACUUUCCGCAAUGCUGAUAUGAGGAAAAUAAGGUCAGAUUUUCUAAGUCUACCUUUUCAAGCGAUUGAAGUAUUUCUCGCAAAUUUGCAACCAAAAAAUGGUGAUUGGGAACAAGAGGCAUAUAAUAUCGUUGGGCGGAUGUGUUCAGGAAUCAUUGGACAGGCCCAAAUUGAAGCCUAUAUUAAUGCAAAUGUGUACAUUAAUUUUUUCCUUAAUAUUCCAAAACAUGGGGUGAUAUCUCUUGCCGACGAAUUAAUAGCACGUGGAUACGCAGAAUUUGUAUCUUUAGAGUGUCUAGUAUCGGACGAAGAUGAUACGGUUGUUGCUUCGUAGAAGCAUAAACUUAUGAAAGAGCAUACACUCGUUAAGAAGGGUGUAUAGAGACAUAUGUGAUCGUGUGAUUGUGUUUGAUAAUUUGUGUGAGUGAAUUCAUUUAUAAGUAAAACUUGCGAGAGAAACAUUAUUUUAAGUUUAAACACCUUUAAAUGUAAUAUUUUUUUUUUCUCGUACAUACUUAAAAUAAUGAUAUGCAUUCGUGUUUAUCUGACAUGAGUUCUGUUCAUGAUCAGCAACGAUGAUACUGAAUCAGCACUUGUAAUACUCUAUUAUAACAUUUCAUAAUCGAUGAAUCCUUAUAGCAUUUCGUUACGAAAAAAGUAUGACUAUGGUUAUAAAAAUACUCGUAUUCGAAUUACAAUAGCUCGAUCAUAAAGAUGCAUAGAAAAAAAAAAGAAAAAAAAGAAAAAGAAAAAAAAAAAAAGAAAAAAAAAUUUAUAUCCAUUUACACUAAUGAAAUAUAGAACUUUCGUGCUUGUAAAUUGCAAAUAUUCGAGAUACGUUUCAUAAUGAUGGUACAAAAAUUAUACAAAAAUUUCUUGCAAAUCUUAGAAAUCGAUUAUAAUUGGAUAUAAGUAAAUAUAUAAAUGCAAGAAUAUCUUCAAGUACAUCUCAUGAUUAUGAAACAUUAUCUUUUUCCGUAAGAACUGAUAAAUACGUACUGAACACUCGAAUUAUAAUUCACAACGUAGUAAUAAGUUUUACUCGUAAAACUUCGUUCAUCUGUAUUAUAUAUAAAAUACACAUAGUGCAGCUCUUUAUACGGCACUGAGAGCGUUUCUAACAAAACUUCAUUCUCAUAUUAUAUCUUCGGAUUAUACGAUUUAGAGACUGCUAUGAAAACAUACUUAAGAUUGUUCAUGUUUGCUUUUUCUAUAAGCUGAUUCUAAUAUCAUCUUGUUUGUAUAUAGUGUAACAUUAUACCUUCAUAUAUAAAAUAUUUAUAAUAUCUACCUAAUAAUAAUGACGGAUAGAUGCCAGCUAAGUCUGCAUGUCAACGGUAUGACAAAAUCAGAAUUGUUAACUUAUUCGUUUUAUAUUUUCCAAAAUAAGUGACAUUUUGUGCUAUUUCAAACAAUUUAUCGAUUAUGACUUUUACAUAUAUUUAGAUAAAAAAAAGUUAGUACAAGAAAUCACUAAUUUGUUGGAACAUGAUGAUUUCAUUGUUCUUCCUUUUUCUUUUACAUCUCGUUUGUCUGUAUAGAGUAAAAAAUAAGUGCUAUCCUUAAAACAAGGACCGCUGUCAAAAAUUGCAUAAUUUUCAUUGCAAUAUAUAAAAGUAAUACAAUAAUUAAUAACAAUAACAAAUAAUAAUUUUGUCAAUUCAAGUGAUGCAUUUUGUGAUUGUAUAAUUUUUUUCCUCGAUGUAUCGUUACGAUCUCCGUGGAUUAUUCAUUAAUUAAGAUGUCUAGUUGCUAUUAUGAAAAUACUAAAGACACGUAAUUAAUAAAUAAAACUUUAAUUAAUUAAAUUUUUAAUUGUUAUAACGAUACGAUAUUUUGCAAUUAAAUUUAGUUAUAAUAAUGUUUUGUGUUCUAAGACAUAUUAAACGAAUGGACUGCUGCAGUAAAGAUCUUAUAAAAAAUCUUACAAAAAUAAAAAAAAGAGAAAAUUUAAGAAAGUUAAAAAAAAAAAUUAUACAAAUCACUUAUAUAUAACUUUUGUACUGCGCUCAGCUGGAAACAACUUUCUGAACUGUUAUAUGUUAAUACUGAAUCUUGUUGAUACUUAAAAAUAUAAUGGAAAUAUUUUUCUAAUAACAUGUUUAGAGUACAGUUGCUCAAUUGUUUGUAUUGCAUUAUACACUCCUUACAUCAUUGAGCAUUGAAAAAAUUAAUAUAAUAUUUUCAUUCUAACACUGUUCUGAUGAUCCAUCACAGAUGCAGAUUAAAAAUCAUGUUUUUUUUUUUUUUUUCUUUCCUUAAAGGAUCGUGUAAAGUUUAUGAAGAUUGUAUUCUUUCCAUUGUUAAUAGAUCCUGCAAAUCGAGAAAUUAUUAUAAAUUUUAAUUAAAUGUACAUAUAUUAUAGUUAAAUGCAGCAUCCAAUUAACUACUUAUAAAUCUUCAUUUAUCAUUACCAAAUAAAUGAAGGUCAUUUUGUAUAUAAUUCAAUGUAAUAUCUUUAGCAUUUUCAUUAAAGCUGGCUCAUUUUAAUCGAA